CAUAGAUACGCACGCGGAAGCCCUUCUUCGCGCAGAGAGAGGAGUCGAGGGGAAAGGGGAGAAAAGAAGAUGCCGGCGACUGCGACGCUCAUCGGCGCCCUGCUGGGUCUGGGCACUCAGAUGUACUCCAACGCCCUCCGCAAACUCCCUUACAUGCGCCAUCCGUGGGAGCACGUUCUGGGGAUGGGUCUGGGGGUGGUGUUCGUGAACCAGCUGGUGAAGUGGGACGAAAAGCUCAAGCAAGACCUCGACAAGAUGCUCGAAAAGGCCAAGGCCGCCAACGAGCGCAGAUACUUCGAUGAUGAUGAAGAUUAGUGCUUCGAAUGCUGCAACUUUUGCAAGUGAUUUAUUAGCAUCUUCCAGUCCAUAAAAGAUCGUUUGGAAUAUACUUUGUUUUCAAUAAGUAUCAGAAACAGUAAUUCUGUGUUUUUAACUCGUGCGAGAAAUACCAGUGUCAUGUGUGAAUUAAGGUGCAUAUUUUCGGCCAGCUGCUACUUUUUGUAAGUGUGUUAAUGUUGUUAUCUGGCUGAGCAGCUGCUUUCAUUUCAUAAUCUCUUCUCCAGUGAUGUGUUUUUCGCCCACUUGGUCGAACAAUGUUUCUUUCCAGCAAUGCAUACUGAUCUUUCACUUCAUCUUAGGCAA